CGGUUUUUUAUAGGGAUGAUCCCAUGGGAUGAAUGGUCCGUUACAUCGCACAAUGUGUCUCAAAGCACAAAAUCGAAUUCAUAACACCGUUACAGUAUUAAUCGGCUUCUUGCCAACUGCUAUUACCAAACGUCUAUGGACCGUCAACCCUAAUUCUUUGUCGUUGCAGUUUCCGAUAAGCAGCAGCAGCAGCAGCAAUCGCUUUCUCUAGCUCCGUUUGAAGAACAUCGGCAUCCAAUCUUCCACCUUGUCUCUCUCAGUCUCUCUCUGUGUUUUUUCCCAGUUGCGUUCGUGAGCAUAUCUAGAUCAUCGAUCAAACUUUCCUUGUUCAGCUUCGGUUCCCUGUUUAUACUACUACAAUUUCAGGGCGUCGUAAGAUCGAAGAAGAGGUUUUUCUUCUCCUCUCCCUGGGAAGCAUGAUGCAUUCUCUUCAAACUCUGUACAUGUCUUACACUUAUACUCCAGUCAAUCCACUUUUCGCGUUUAAGUCUGAUAAAGGAAGGAGAUUCACAUUCCGAGCUGCAGUUCCAAAAGUCUCCUCAUGUCUUGUUUCGGACAAACAACAGAAGGUGGAGGCAAACCCUUUGUCGAGGGAGAGUGAGAAAGUGAUAGAGAUAGAAAGGAAUGUAUUUGUUGGAACCUAUGCUCGAGCUCCUGUUGUGUUUAAGAGUGGAAAGGGAUGCAAGCUUUAUGAUGUGGAUGGGAAGGAGUACCUGGACAUGACGGCUGGUAUUGCAGUGAACUCGCUUGGGCAUGGUGAUCCAGAUUGGUUAAAUGCUGUGGUUGAGCAGGCUAACACUCUUACCCAUGUCAGUAAUGUAUACUAUUCAUUGCCUCAGGUAACUCUUGGAAAGCGCCUUGUUGAGUGCUCUUUUGCUGAUCGUGUUUUCUUUACAAAUUCUGGAACAGAAGCAAACGAAGCAGCUAUAAAAUUCUCUAGGAAGUUUCAGAGGCAUUCACAUCCUGACAAAAAAAAUCCUGCCACUGAGUUUAUUUCUUUCAGUAACAGUUUCCAUGGAAGGACAAUGGGUGCUCUUGCCCUGACAAGUAAAGAACACUACAGGAUUCCCUUUGAACCUGUCAUGCCUGGGGUAACAUUCCUAGAAUAUGGGAAUAUUAAAGAAGCUCAAAAAGCAAUUCAACCUGGCAAAACAGCAGCGGUCUUUGUGGAACCAAUUCAGGGUGAAGGUGGAAUACACAGUGCCACAAAGGACUUCCUACAGCUCCUACGAACUAUAUGUGAUGAUGCUGGAGCUCUGUUGGUAUUUGAUGAGGUCCAGUGUGGGUUGGGCCGAACUGGUUAUCUCUGGGCCCAUGAAGCUUUCGGUGUGAUACCUGAUAUAAUGACCCUCGCCAAGCCCCUCGCCGGAGGUCUACCAAUUGGAGUUGCCCUCACCACUGAAAAGGUUGCAGCAGCCAUAAACACUGGAGACCACGGGAGCACUUUCGCUGGAGGCCCGCUUGUUUGUCACGCUGCCCUUGCAGUGUUGGAUAAAAUCCAGAACCCUGUGUUUUUGGCCAGUGUAAGCCGGAAAGGACUCUACCUGAAAGAAUUGCUGCUGGAGAAGCUGGGAGAUAACUCUCACGUGAAAGAAGUACGUGGAUUUGGGCUUAUUGUCGGAAUUGAGCUGGAUGCCCAAGCUUCACCUCUUGUUGAUGCUUGUCGAGAUGCUGGCCUUUUGGUGCUGACGGCGGGUAAGGGGAAUGUGGUUCGGCUUGUGCCCCCAUUGGUUAUAUCAGAGCGGGAAUUGGAGCACGCUGUUGACGUUCUAACAGCAUGCUUGCCCUCUCUAGAUGGUAAUAGUAGUAGUCCUAGUUAAAUCUAUAUACGGGGACGAGUACCUGGUGUAAGCUGUAGUUCAAAAAGACUUGAUCUGCCCUUGCCAAUAAAAUCUGGGUGUUCUUGCCACCUAGAGGAAAAGGGUUUUGUUGGGUUAUGACAUUUCAUGUUGCUGGUGAUUGUGUGACAGGAAUGAAGUGGAUGGUGUAUUGUGCUAGCAGGGAACAAGAAACAUUGAAUAGCGUCAAUAAUUUUGACUGGUAAAGGUCAUAGAAGAGCGUUCAAGUUUUUUCUUCUUUCCUGUGGCAUGUACCAUACGCUUGAUCCAAUUCAAAACUUUUGCGACUGUGUUAUAGGGAAA